AUGGCCGAGAUUAAAAGCCCUCCCGUGGCAGACGUUGGCAAGAAUGUCAUGGCCGGCGACGAAGAGAUCAACCAGGAAGUGGGCGAUCGAUAUGAAGUGUCUGGAGCCCCCCGUGUCGACCACGGCUACCGUCGUGCCCUCUCGUCUCGCCAGAUCAUGAUGAUGGCGUUCGGAGGUGGUAUUGGGACGGGACUGUGGGUUGGGAUGGGCACGGCCCUGGCCAGAGCUGGCCCUGCGGGUGCGGCCAUUUGUUACACCGUCAUGGUCUAUAUAAUCUACACCAUGUACAUGUGCAUCGGCGAGAUGACCUCCUACAAGCCCAUCAAUGGUGGCUUUGUCCGUCAGACAGAAGACUACACCGACAAGGCGCUGGCAUUUGCGCAGGGGCUCGGAUUCUGGUACAACUGGGUGCUAGUGGUUCCUGCGGAGGUGACCGCCGCCAUAUCAGUCAUCUCGUACUGGCCCAACGAUGUCCCCGUGGCAGCGUGGGUUACGAUCCUCAUUGUGCUCAUGAUCCUGGUAAACCUGUUCAACGUCCGCUGGUAUGGUGAAUUCGAAUUUUGGCUGUCUUUGUGCAAGGUCGUCGCAAUCACUGCCGUCCUUAUCUUCCUGUUUGUCAUGACAUCUGGAGGCUUCCCUGGGACCCAUGGCCCGAUUGAGUUCAGAUAUUGGUCCAAUGGUCACGCAUUCAAGAAUGGCGUCAAGGGUCUUAGUCAGGCCUUCAUCCAGGCUGGCUUCAGUAUCGGCGGAGGUGAGAUCAUUGCCGUUUGCGCUGGUGAGGCCGCGAACCCCCGGAAAGCAGUUCGAAAGGCAGUACUGCCUUUGUUCUGGCGAAUGGCCACGUUCUUCGUCGGCGGCGUCUGGUUGAUUGGCAUGUGUGUAUCGCCUGACAAUCCACAACUCUUGACGGGAUCCGGAACCAUGAAAAGCCCAUUUGUGAUCGCCAUUCUGGAGGCCGGAUAUCCCUGGCUUGCAGACCUGCUUAACGCUUUCAUCCUUCUCACAGUUGUCAGUUGUGGCAUCACCAGUAUCUACAUCGCCAGUCGGACCCUUGCGGACUGCGCCGAAAUGGGCCUGGUGCACAAGUUUUUCGCCAAAAAGGAUUCCAGAGGUAGACCAUUACCUUCUCUGAUAAUAUCCAGCCUCCUCUCCAUGGGCCUCUGCUACUUGAACUGUAGCAACACUGGUAUCGUGGUCUAUGACUGGUUUUCGUCAUUGGUUGGUAUUCAGGGAUUCCUGAUGGAGGCCAUCAUUUUCGUCUCGCACAUCUGCUUCCGACGUGGGUUGAAGGCGCAGGGAAUUGAUCACAGAACUUUGCCGUUCCACGCUCCAUUCGCGCCUUGGAAUCAAUACAUCUGCCUCUUACUCUUGCUCGUGGUCAUGAUCGCCGAAUUCUAUCUUGCCUUGUAUCCAUUUGGCGAAAAGGGCCCGUCCGCGGAGAACUUCUGGCUGUCAUACCUGACUCUGCCACUCUAUGUAGUGGUAUACUUCGGCUAUAAGUUGUGGUAUAAAACAAAAUGGAUCUCUCCCAGCCAAAUGGAUUUUUCCGCGGCAAGAUACUGGGACGAGGAAGAUCGUCGGAUUGCGGAGGAAAAGGCUAAUAACCCGCACUUGAGAAAAAGAAAGAUUUACAAGAGAAUCAUUCCGGCGCUGGUUGGCGAAGGUAAAUAG